GUGAAGUUUGCUGUAAAUGGAUAUGUUGUGGACUUCUAAAAGAUUACAAUUGUAACAUUUAUAAAAAAAAUAAAAUGAUGAUAUAGUUUUUAAAUGUAUAAACAAAAGAAGUAAAAAAAAAAGUAAAUUCCUGUGGCUCAAUAAAGUUUAUUAUGAGAUACAUUGGUUAAAGUUAGAAGGCACCCUUAGCAACUUUAAAAAUACUGUCUUUUUACUUAAUCACACUCGUGGUGUUCUUUACAAAUCCACCAAUGUCUAUGAUGGAGGACCUAGCCCCUUAAAUCUAACCCAAUAACAUUGUAAUGUCUAUUGUAAUCCCAUCUGACAUGCUCAGACAAAAGCUAAUUGAUAUACACCCCAUAUAUAUUUAUAAAAUAACAUUUGGACUGAUUCUUUAUUUGAUAGUAAACGGCCAAAAUGCAUGAAGUGGAAGUUUGAUGGAGGUUGUGACUAUCACCCCUACAGUAGUAGCAGAUGUGGUAGUGCCAUCCAAAGCUUUACCAAAGAUAAUAACAAAAGUAAUAAUGAUCUUAAUCAUUAAUAUUUGAACUGACAUUAAAUACAUACUGCUUAUUGUGAACUCUGAGUCAAGAAUUCCUUUCGUAAGUUUUUAGUUUCACACAGCCAUCUAACCUUGCAAUUAUUUUUUCUUGUUUCAGUUAUCAACAGCAUUUUAUGCAUGAUCAAUUGUUUUCAAUUGCAAAUGAUAUAAGUGAAAGUAAUGGUAAUGGAUUCCUGGGAAACCACAAACAUUGCUGUAUGAACCAUGAACAUUCCAAUCCUGGAAGUUUUGCCCCAAGACCACACCUGAUCACUAUAUUUCCCUAUUAGUGGCUCUGCCCCUGGACCCCACCUGAUCACCAUGGACUUCUUUAGGACAGUAUCAUUAGUUUGGGUAAUUCUUUACAGUAUGGAUGCACUCGCCAGAGAUAAAGUCCACGUCAAAAAAUCUAUCAAUCAAUCUACAUUAUCAUGACUGGGUGUGCCCAAUUGCCUGAGAGGAGGGUUGAUGGUGGGCUCUGCCCCUCUACACCCUCCAGGAAACAUUGUUUUCACCUCGGUAUUCAUGGCAACAAAGAACUGAAACUUAGGAGCAGCAAAUGAACUUAGGCUGUCGUUUCCGCAAUCUUUUUCCUUUAUUUGUUUGCAUCUAUUGAUAUCGAGUGGCGAUUUAAAAAAUAUUGAGAUACCUCAUAACUUUGUUAUUAUUAAGUUAUUAUCAAUUUGCAAGGAAAAUGGUAUAGAAGAAAACUAUCAUAGAAUGAUGUGUUUUACCACAAGGUAAGGUCAGAUUCGUAAUAUUAGGUGUGGGGUUGCAUUUCCAAUAACACCAAAAAUAUUUCCAUAAAUGCAUACCAAAGUAUCACGUGUUGCAAAACUUUCUUAUCAUUAAGUUGCUAUGAAAUGUGUUCUAUUUUUGUCAUUCUGUACAUCACAGGCAAAACUUUUCUUUUACCAUUACACCAUGUGAAACUAAAACUAUAUCAGUGUCCUUUAUCUUUAGGCAUCUUUUCCGGUGGCAAUAAGGGUAUCACGAGACGCCACUUAACACCAAAAGCUGUCUCGUGAUCCGAGGCGAGACAGGCCUAUAAGCUCCGCCCAUUUCUGUGACAUAAUGGGAAUGGCCGCAGUUGACAGCUUGAUAUUUUACGAAUCAGCAAUGGAGAUUCCUGCCGAGUAUGGUUACUGUAUACUGGUUGCAGUUUUAUCAAUAUUUGUGGUUGCAUGGAAGUCAGUGCAGGUGGGGAAAGCCCGCAAAAAGUACAAUGUAAUGUAUCCAACAAUGUACUCAGACAACAAUGUUUUCAACUGCAUUCAGCGAGCACAUCAGAACAC